UCUGCCAGCAGGAAAGGGGUGCUGUGCCAUGUUCUGAAACACCCAGGCUUUUCCUUCCCCUUCGCUGUCUGUCAGCUUUGCAAAAAACCGUGGUUUUGCGGGGAGUCUAUACCGAAAUGUCGUGAUAAACUUUGUGUAGAGGCAAGUCGCUUAGAAAUGCUGAAGUACAGGUUAUUGUUGGGAUACUGCCUGGAUCUGUGGUCUACUUGGCUUUUUUCGUUUAUAAAUGCAUGACAUUUUUGUUGUAAAAGCCAUGCGUUCUUUUCUUUUCUCACAGGUCUAGUUGUUUGACAGUAUGAUUUAUUUGGUUAUUCUUUUUUCUUUGCUCUGAAAUACAUAGGAUUAUAAUCCAGAUACCUUUCUUACUGCUUCCCAGAGGAAUACUAUACCUAGUCCCUUAGGAACAUUGAGAAGAUGCACAUCAAAUCCAUUGUUCUUGAAGGUUUUAAAUCCUAUGCUCAGAGGACAGAAAUUAAUGACUUUGACCCGUUGUUCAAUGCGAUUACUGGCUUGAAUGGUAGUGGCAAAUCGAAUAUCUUGGACUCCAUCUGUUUCGUGCUUGGAAUCAGCAAUCUCUCACAGGUGCGAGCUUCCAACUUGCACGAUCUAGUUUAUAAGAGUGGGCAAGCUGGAAUUACAAAGGCAACCGUGUCUAUUAACUUUGAUAAUUCAGACAAGAGUCGAAGUCCGCUGGGAUUUGAAGCUAAUGAUGAGAUUACUGUGACUAGGCAGGUUGUUGUGGGAGGUAGAAGUAAGUAUCUUAUCAAUGGUGUGAAUGCUGCCAACAGUCGCGUGCAGGAUCUCUUCUGUUCUGUUGGACUCAACGUCAAUAACCCUCACUUCCUCAUUAUGCAGGGACAAAUUACCAAAGUUCUAAAUAUGAAGCCACCAGAGAUUUUAGCCAUGAUUGAAGAAGCAGCUGGUACUAGGAUGUAUGAGUGCAAGAAAAUAGCUGUCCAGAAAACCAUAGAGAAGAAGGAGUCCAAACUGAAAAGCAUUCAAACGGUCUUAAAUGAGGAGAUCAGUCCCACUUUACAGAAACUGAAAGAGGAACGAGCAACCUAUCUAGAAUACCAAAAAUUAGUGCGAGAGAUAGAACAUUUAAACCGCCUUUGUGUAGCUUAUCAGUUUUUUCUGGCUGAAGAAACAAAGGUGUCCUCCACUGAUAUGUUAAACGAAAUGCAGUCUAAUGUAGAGAAAUUUCAGGAAUCAAGGGCUGAAAUUCAACAGAAGGUAAAACAGCUUAAUGAAGACAUCGCAGAGAUGGAAAAGCAAAAGGAUAAGGAAGUUGGUGGUAGACUCCGUGAACUGGAAGCUGCACUUUCAGAAGAUCAAAGAGUUAAUACAAAAGCACAAAGUGCUCUUGAUCUCAAGAAGCAAAACUUAAAAUCUGAAGAGGUUAAGUACAAUGAAUUGAUAACACGUAUGCAGAAGGAUUCGAAAGCAUUAGUGUCAAAGGAGAAAGAAGUAAAGAAUCUAGAGGAAGAACUAAAUGUUUUACUGGAAGAAAGUGAAAAAGAUGCACAUGCUUUAGCUGCAGCACAACAGCAUUUUAAUGCUGUGUCUGCUGGUCUCUCCAGCAAUAAGGAUGGUGAAGAAGCUACUCUUUCAGGACAGAUGAUGAUCUGCAAAAAUGAAAUUAGCAAAGCAGUAACAGAGGCUAAACAGGCUCAAAUGAAAUUGAAUUAUGCACAAAAAGAAUUAAAGACAAAAGAAGCUGAAGUUAAAAAAAUGGAUGAAGGCUACAAGAAAGACCGAAAAGCACUUGAAGCUGUCGAACAAAUUAAAACAACCCUAGAGAAACAAAUAAAGGAGCUGAACUAUUCAGAAGAGAAAGGAGAAGCCCUCCUAGCAAAAAAGAAGGCAUUGGUGUCUGAUAUCAGCCGGCUGAGAGAACUGAGUGAAAAUUUAAUGGCAAAAUUUCCUCAUCUGCAGUUUACAUACAAACAUCCAGAAAAAAAUUGGAAUCUAAACCAGGUGAAAGGCCCUGUUGUGUCUCUUUUCACUGUGAAAGAUCUAUCCAAUGCCAAAGCCCUGGAAGCAGUGGCCGGAGGAAAACUCUAUAACAUUAUUGUGGACACAGAAGUUACUGGCAAAAAGCUUUUAGAAAAGGGUGAACUAAAACAUCGAUACACCAUCAUUCCAUUAAACAAAAUUUCAGCUAGGUGUGUUCAAGAAGACACAGUCAAGUUGGCCCAAAGCUUGGCUGACCAUGGUAACUUGCAUUUAGCCAUUUCUCUAAUUGUAUAUGAAUCUGAACUGCAGAAAGCAAUGGAAUAUGUCUUUGGAACAACAUUGGUCUGUAAUAACAUGGAUAAUGCUAAGAAAGUGACUUUCGACAAAAGAAUAAUGACAAGAAGUGUUACUCUUGAUGGAGAUGUGUUUGAUCCCCAAGGAACUCUUCAUGGAGGUGCAUCCUCACAGGCUCCACCAAUAUUGUCUAAGCUUCAAGAAGUGAAAGCUGUUGAAAUAGAACUCAAGAAAAAGGAAUCUGAACUUGCAGCUGUAGAGAAUGAGUUGGCUAGCUUGAAGACAAUUGCUGGAAAGUACCAGCAGCUGAAGCAGCAAUGGGAGAUGAAAUCUGAGGAAGCAGAGCUGUUGCAGAAGAAGCUUCAGCAAAGUGCUUAUCACAAGCAAGAGGAAGAGCUGCUUGCCCUGAGGCAAACCAUUGCGCAUUGUGAAGAGACAUUAACCAGUUCUGAAGAGAGCAAAAAGAAAGCAGAAGAACAAUACAAGGAAUUAGAGAAUAAAAUUAAAAAUGCAGAAGCAGAGUCUCUAAAAGAACGAAAAAAUGCAGAGCAGAAACUAGACAAUGCCAAGAAAAAGGCAGACGCUUCAAGCAAAAAAAUAAAAGACAUGCAGCAGGAAGUCAAAGCUUUAGUUCUGGAACUUGAAGAGCUGAAACAAGAGCAGGCCUCAUAUAAACAACAGAUAGCAGCUGCAGAGGAAGCAAUCAAAUCCUACCGGGAUCAAAUUGAUGCUAUGGUGGCUGAAGUGGCUAAGACACAGGAAUCUGUAGAGAGAGCACAGAAGGAGCUUGCCAAGCAAAAGGAAGUAAUUGCAUUACAUGAUAAUGCAAUCAAAGGAAAAUCUGCGGAGAUGGUAAAAUACAGGGAACAAAAUAAUGAAUUACAGCUUAAGGUUAAAGAAUUAGAACACAGCAUCACCAAAUGUCAACAAGAGGCUGCUGAUGCUGCUGCUAAGGUAUUUAAAAAUUGUGCUUUUCUUCACAUCUUGUGA